CUGGAACCAGAUGAAAAUAAAGGACUCUCACUGAGGUUGCGAAAGAAUGGCGAGAAGUUGCAGAAGCUCAGGAAGAGAGCGUCCGAUUUUUUCUUUCUACGAAUUUUGGGAGAGGGGGCAUAUAGCACAGUUAGUUUUUGCAUAAUUAGUUUCUGCAUAUUUUUCCUGGGAACGUUUUUUGCGAGGUAUCGUAUGAAAGUUGUUCAAAAGGAUUUUGUAAUUCGUCAUCAGAAGCUGGCGGCUGCUGUUCGUGAAAAGCAUGUGUUAGCUUCAUUGACUUAUGAACGAGGAGGUCAUCCAUUCGUUACUCGUCUUUACUGCACAUUUCACGAUCCAGAACGAUUAUGUAAGUAUGUUCAACAAGUGGCUCGUAAAUUCCUUUUUGAUCUACUCUUUUUCGUUAAAAUAAUGUUCAUAUAUCGAAUUUUAAUCAAUUUUAGGUAUGGUGUUGUUCAUCGUGACGUGAAACCCGAAAAUGUACUUCUUCGAAAGAAUGGCCAUAUUAUGCUCACGGACUUUGGCAGCGCACAAAUUUAUGACGAGUCUUUAUUCGGCUUUCAUAAGAUAUCAUGUAUAAUCCUAUCUAAUUCAGUUAACUGUUUUUCAGCCUUCGAAAAUACCCGCCGUGCCACAUUUGUUGGUACGGCUCAGUACGUGAGUCCCGAAAUGCUACGAGGCGAUGAAGUGGGCCCACCAUGUGACUAUUGGGCGCUUGGUGCGAUCGUGUUCCAAAUGAUCUCCGGCCUUGCUCCGUUCCGUGCCAUCAACGACUUUCAUCUAUUGAACAAAAUUCAGAAACUCGAUUUUACGUUUCCAUCUGAUUUUCCUGGUGUUGUAAAAGAUUUUGUUUCGAAGCUUCUGGUACUGGAUCCUGUCAGUCGGCUUGGAUCUGAUGAUCUGAACAAUCUUAAAUCUCAUGAAUUCUUCAGUGGAAUUAAUUGGAAUCAUAUAACCGAUAUGAGACCUCCAAACAUAAUCCUGUCGGUCUCUCCAGUAAUAGGUAGCCACUAUUGUUUAGAAAUGGAAAGUGUCAAGUAUGUGAUGUUCACAAACCUGACUAUCUUUUGUAAUUUUCUUUUCUACAGUUUAACUCGUACUUCUUUUUUAAGCAGAGGUGAUAUGGUUGAACUACUGAAAGUGGAUAAGAAAGCUAUGGCUGUACGACAACGAAAGCUUGAAAAGCAACGAAAGGAAAAUCCUUACCAUCUAUUCGUACAAGACAAUUUAAUUAUCCGAUCUGGCUUCAUAGAUAAGAAGAAAGGCCUUUUCUCUCGGCGAAGGAUGUUUUUACUCACCGAGGGUCCUCAUCUUUUUUAUGUUGAUCCGAACAGUAUGGAGUUGAAAGGUGAAGUGCCGUGGUCUCCUUGUAUGCGAACUGAAGUGAAGAAUUUUCGCGCAUUCUUCGUUCAUACGGUAUUUUCAUUGUUUUUAGUGAAAAUACGGUAUGCAGAUAAAAUAGCUGAGUCGUAUGCGAGAGCUGUGAAAGAUGGCACGUUCGGCAUGAAUAAAUUUAAGAAGUCGUGCAAUUACUUUGGCGACAAGAGGAAAAAGAACGACGAAAACGCGAAGAACGAAUGA